CCCGCCGAGUGCUCCAGCUCCUGGCGUGCCGUGAGCCCAGGAUGUGGUGUUGGCCAUACUGGGAGGAGCACAGCGCCAGGAGACAGCUGCUCAAGUGAGGGUCUGAGGCGGACGCUGUAAUCAGCACUCGCUGUGUCCACGCUGCCGCUGACCUCAGGACUCCUUGGUGCAUCCCUCGCCUCGCCUGCUGCUUGGUCCCUGAGUGUGGCGUCGGGGGAACCUUGCCGCCCGCUGCAGCUUCCCUGAGGUUCCUGCAAGACCCCCACCCCAGGAGUGGUGGGCAGGGGAGGCUGCAAGGCCGGGCAGCAGCCUGAGUGGCGGGACCAGCAGGAACACUGCCACUGCUGUGAGGAUCAGAAGAACACAACCACCACUGAGAACAACAACAACAACAACAAUACCACCACCACCUUACUGCUGGCACCUUCAGCCACAAAGGAAAGGGAAAGUUUGAGUGUGACAAGAUUUGAGACUGGGAGCAAGUUCAGCAGACACAGCCUUGCACACACUGGUGAGGGAAACCAUGAGUGGCCAGCGUGUGCGGAAAGACUCCCUGGGAAGGAUGACCUCAGCAAAUACACCCACACACUGCUGAAGGAGUCCUUGAAUGCCAAGACUGGCAAAAGGUUCAGUUGCAAAAGUAAACUCAACAGACACACCCUUACAUACACUGGUGAAGGACCUCAUGAAUGCCAAGAGUGUGGCAAAAGGUUCAGUUACAAGAAUAAACUCAACACACACACCCUUACACACACUGGUGAAGGACCUCAUGAAUGCCAAGAGUGUGACCAAAGGUUCAUUACAAAGAAUCACCUCAACACACACACCCUUACACACACUGGUGAAAGACUGUAUAUGCCAAGAAGAGAGGAAGGCCUAGGACUGUCUGAAGUUAACUACCAACACAGAGCCAUUAUGGUGAGCAUCGGCCAAUACCUCAGAAGCUCCCUAAGUCCAAACAUUGCCAGGGUCCAGGAACACCACACCAACAAAGCCAGCAAAAACACCUCAAUUACUAAGCUGACCCAGCAUUUUGGACAGGAUUGUAUAGUAGAUGAGCAGGAAACAGAAAACACACCAGCCACCAAAAUGGCCAGAAAGAGCUGUUCAAAAUUCACCAGGAAGUUCCAGAACACCAACUUAACUGAGUGGGCAGAACACCAACGUGCCAAGUUUUUCCUGCAAGAGCUCUCCAAAGACUACAUUGACAAGGAGAGCUCUCUGAACUGGCUCAUCAAAGGAACCCUCCACUACGAUCAGGAGAGGCUGAUAAUGGCAGCACAAGACCAGGCCAUAAUGACCAACGCUUUAAAAAAAAUGGCUGGUCUCAGUAACAACAACAAACGCAGGUUCUGCCACACUGAAAUUGAAAGUGUGAGCCACCUGAUCUGCAGCUGCCAGACUCUGCUAGCCGAUGGCUACUACACAGUCAGGCACGAUGAAGUGUGCAAAUACCUACACUGGACCAUCUGCAGCAGCCUGAACAUCAAGUGCUCUAGCAAAGUGUGGGAACAUCAGCCAGAGAAAAUCACCGGAAAUGAGACGCACACCAUCUGCUAUGACCAGGUAAUUCCAACAGCUACCUAUCUAGAUAAUGCUGCAGUGAAACCAGACCUGGUUGUGUGGAACAGGAAAGAAAAAGUGGCUAUGAUAGUUGAGGUCAGUAUCCCACAUGACAGCGGGCUAAACAGAGCUGAAAGGGAAAAGGUCACCAAAUAUCAAGGCCUGAUGCAUGAUAUGAAAAGAAACUGGAAAUUGAAGAACAUCUCGAUUGUGCCAGUCAUUGCCGGAGCAACAGGCCUACUGAAAAAGAACUUCAAGGACCAUCUAGCUAAAAUCCCAGGAAACCCGAGGGCAACAGAAAUCCAAACAAUUGCCCUUAAGGGAACCACUACCAUCCUAAAAAGAACCCUCGGUUGCAGCCUCUAAAAAGUGGGUGAUUGUUAGGCACUUGGCAGAGUGCCCCAUCACCCAUAAUCAAGACUGAAAAAGUAAACUAAAACAGAAAAAGUGAAAGACCUCAUGAAUGCCAAGAGUGUGGCAAAAGGUUCAGUUACAAGAAUAACCUCAACACACACACCCUUACACACACACUGGUGAAAGACCUCAUGAAUGCCAAGAGUGUGACCAAAGUUUCAAUACAAAGAGUUCCCUCAAGAGACACACCCUUACACACACACUGGUGAAAGACUUCAUGAAUGCCAAGAGUGUGGCUAAAGGUUUAUUACAAAGGAUAACCUCAACACACACACCCUUACACACACUGGUGAAAGACCUCAUGAAUGCCAAGAGUGUGACCAAAGUUUCAAUACAAAGAGUUCCCUCAAGAGACACACCCUUACACACACUGGUGAAAGACCUCAUGAAUGUCAAGAGUGUGGCCAAAGGUUCAUUACAAAGGACAACCUCAAGAAACACACCCUUACACACACUGGUGAAAGGCCUCAUGAGUGUCUGGAAUGUGGACAAAGGUUCAGAGAGAAGUUUGCAUUGGAGUGUCACAUCUUCAGACACUCUGGCCUGAGAGAGUUCAAGUGUGAUGUGUGUGGGAAGCACUUCAAAACAAAGUCAGACAUUGCCCGGCACAUGAAGACCCACUUCUGAGGUGCUGUGUUGUGCUGCUGUGUGGGACUUCAGUGACGGGGAACCAGUCAUCAGCACCACCUGGAGAGGACUGGCACCAUGUUGUGGCUGACUGCUGAGAGAUGCACCAACAAGCAGCACCACAGUGAACAGUGCCGUCUGCCCCGAGCCAGAGUGGUGACAACUGUCACCUUGCCCCGGCACAGUGCAGCAGCCAACAACCUUCCUGCCCCAAAGAUGCUGAGAACUGUCAACCUGUCUUGUGAGGGGCAACACUCCCUCCCUCCCUCCCUCCCUGCCCCAAAGGUGCUGACAACUGUCAGCCUGUCUUGUGGAGGGCAACACUCCCUCCCUCCCUCCCUCCCUGCCCCAAAGGUGCAUACAACUGUCAGCCUGUCUUGUGGGGGGCAACACUCCCUCCCUCCCUCCCUGCCUGCCCCAAAGGUGCAUACAACUGUCAGCCUGUCUUGUGAGGGGCAACACUCCCUGCCUGCCCCAAAGGUGCAUACAACUGUCAGCUGUCUUGUGGGGGCCAGCAGCCAGCAGUGCCGAGCAAGGAGUACAAGUCAAUGAUGGUGAUGACACUGACAACAAGGCGCAUGUCCUCCUAGAGUGACCUCAAUCUGGUACUGGCCACAGAGAUCACUUUGUCGCACUCCACUUUGGACCGCUGCUGAAGGCUGGCUGACAGCUGGACUGUCCCGCCACUGUGUGCAGGCCAGUGGGACAGGUGGCCUGCCGGGGAGCACAUGUGUCCCCUCCUGCCCUGCAGACACAGACACAGCUGCUGGACCUCAGCACCCAGGAGGACACAGCCGCUGUCUCCCUCGCCAAGCGCCGCACGGCCACACUCACCGCGCCACGCCUGGAAGAAGCAACAGUGACGCCAAGAUGAAGGCCGUUCCCACUCCCUCGGCAAGCCUGAGUGUGUCUAAGCAGAGGAACUAAAAACGUCUUGAUAAUUCUCUGGAACACGUUAUUUCUGUAGAGCAUUCUGUCCCUUGAGUGUACGCUGGACUCCAAUAAACAUCCUGUUGGGGAAA